UUUGUCCUCUUCCUCACCGCAAUCCACUCUCGCCGAUGCCACCCAUACGGAGACGAGUUGUCACAUCCCUGCGUCCAUUAUUAUUGGGACCCAGAGCCAGUCUAGCCAAAAUGCACAUCACGGCUAGCUGCGCCUGCUGGGAAAAAGCAACCUGCAGCUACAGGGGUCGGACCGUGCGAUUGACCGCAAAGACAGGGGGCGGCGAGCGGUGCGGAUUGUGCGGGUUUGCUACGACGUGCAACAAACAGUCUGUACUUGCAGCGAAAGGAAUUAAAGUUGCACGAAGAUGACGAUAUCUGUUGACCGAUCCUCAUCUCUGGGUUUUGGGUCGAUUUGGCGGGGUACCCGGGGUUUCACAACGUGCUGGGACUUUGACCACCUGGUGCCGAGACACUUGCAACUCGUAGUGUCCGUGAUUCCGCCAUCAGACACCUUAUCAAGACGUUACAUUUUGGAGGGUCUCUGUUGAUUUCAAAUUCUCGAUAUCGGAAGCUGGAAGUUUUUCUCCGAAAGUAAUUCUUUACCGAGGAAUGCUGCUAGGGGCAUCUGAUAGAUUAUCGUGCCACUGCUCUGAGACAAAUGAUAGCGCACCAUGCGCUUGCAAAGUUGCGGUGAAGGAUGGUAGCAAGUAUUUGUCUUGGACGAAAAACAGGGUCAUAGGAGACGCCCUACCACCUGCGUCAAGGCGUUGGAUGCUCGGGGAAUUCUGAGACGUUUGGUAUCCAAUGUUGACGUUCCAAGGCAUCGGAUAGAGUGGGCUCGAAGAAUGACAACCAGGAAAAAAGUGUCUCUGCUGCGCAACACUAAUUUUGGAUAUCGUAGUGGCGUAUCUAAAAAGUGCAUCUUGGGUAGGUUUGACACAGAAUGCUAUUUCGAGCAGCGCUGGCAGCUAUGGAAAGACUAUCUCAAUCAAUGUGUAAUGCAUUCCACAAAGCAGGCCAGCCGUUACCAUCAAUGUCAUGCCCUGCAUGGACACUUGGCAAGCGUCAGUACAUGUUCGAAUUAAUUGGCCAAUCCUGGGAGAUCGUGGGCUUCGGGGUUUGUCUUCGGACCAUUUAUGUCCAAAUAUUCUGGUAUCCACCUCAAGCUAUCCACUCAGCAGUUGACAAACAUAUGCAAGCUAGUGGAAGUGGUGCGGCCUGCUGGGUCCACCCCCACCAUUUCAAUUUCGCGUUCAUCUUAUCUCAUACGAGCAGAUAUUUGAAGGGUGUGUAAGAUUUCUGCUGUGGAAGGCAACUGCCGAUACACUGUCUAGGAGUGCUCCCAAAGGUCGCAAUAUUACUCGCUACCAGUGUACUGAGAACUAUGCACGCAUGAGAGAGAGGGGUUGAUUCAGGGAACAUAUUUCGGUAUAUGUUGCGGUCUGUAACUUGACAGGAUCUUCAUUGGUUUCCAAGGAUGAAGUCAAGCAGAUGGGAACGAUUUUUCGGACGAGCCGACGUAAAGGGUUCGAAUCAAGCUUCAUGCCCGUGUUACCUCCCAUCUUACUUCUGAGGGUACCUUCCGACGCGUCACUUGCAAGAAUCGGUGAAGAAUGUCUCCUACUCGAUUGGUCCCAGUCCGUCUCUAAACUUAGGUCACCUUAUGGUAUAGCCCUAUUUGAGUCACUGUUGGGCAAUAAACUUCUCAACCAUGGUCGGAACAAGGCCGAGGCACUCUGGGCACUCAAAAGCAAAAGCACUAUGCUAAGAUUGGAAUGUCUUUCGCCCUUUGGGCCGGCUUUCCAAACGUGUUUAGUGGGCGACGAGCCAAUAUGAACCUACCGUAAUCUCCCUCCAAAGUGGGGUCUCGAUUUGCACCGAGGGCCGGUCCAUACCCUCGGGCGCUCUGGAGUGAUUAGAGUGCUCUUGAGUGAACGGGUUGUACUUGGGUGAAUGGGUGGCAAUGCUGUGGAGCUGCAUGGUGGUAGCAGUGGUAAUUGGAACGGCCCGCCUUACCUUAGAAACUCAAAUAUAAGAGGCCACCCAUGGGCAGAGGAUUUCGCCCACGGGCAGUUUUCCUGCCACAUACAAUCCAAAAUGCUCGAGCAAUCUCUUCCAGAAGCAUUUGUUCCCUCUGUGGAAAGAAUGUUGACUGAAUCCCGUUCUCAUCUCAAAACACUUUGCAAUAACCCAGUGCCCUAUGCUCUGAUACUGGCAUUGUGCAUCUUGCUGGGUAGGAUUGCGUACUUGAAAUACUUCCACCCACUUGCAAGGUUCCCUGGUCCAAGCCUUGCACCGCUUUCAAAUGGCUUCUGGUAUUACACGAUUCUGAGUGGAAGAGGACCAUGGAAGAAUCAUAGCUGGCAUCAGAGAUGGGGACCGAUCGUACGGAUCGCACCCAACCACCUCAGCUUUGGCUCCCACGCGGCACAAAAGGCUAUUUACGGUUUCGGCACUCGCACAGUGCCGUCUAUGGUAAAGGAUCCGAUAUUCUUCACUCCUGAAGUCGAUCACUCGAUGAAUAUCAUAAACGAAACAGACCGAGAGGAACAUUCGCGCAUGCGACGCAUGUUGAGCUUUGCUUUCAGCAACUCCAAUCUUCUAGAGAAUGAAGAUGUUCUGGUGAGAAGGACCGAUGAGUUUGUGAAGACCAUUGGGACAAUGCAAAGUCAACACGGCAAGCGAGGGUUCAACAUCGUGCAGCAAUUCAAUUAUGUAACGUUCAACAUUAUGGGCGAGAUGUCAUUUGGGGAUUCUUUUGAUGCAAGACUCGCGGCACAGCCAGAACAUCGAUACCACUGGGCAGAUGUCAUUGUAAAUACGACAUACAUGAACGAUGUGAUGCGAGCAGUUUGCGUUAUUCCUGGAUUGUUCUCAUUCCUAGAGUGGUGGAAGACAGAUCAUAUGAAGAAGACAUUGUACAGGCAUGCGGAAUAUGCGACCGAGCAUACUGAAGCACGCCUGAAAAUAAACACUCCUCGAAAAGAUUUCACCUACCAUAUCCUCUCUUGCAAAGGACCUCGCCCUUCGACCCUCGAAAUGGGCUCUCACUUCAACGUAAUAAUGAUGGCGGGCGCAGUCACAACAGCAACAUUCUUGGCAGGAGUUACAUACUACCUCGGUCAUAACAAAGUGGCUCUAUCACGUCUGCAACACGAAAUGAGAACGCGAUUCAAGAGCUUGGAUGAAAUUACUUCUCGAGCGCUGAUGGAAUGCGAAUAUCUCAAUGCUGUUGUUGAGGAAGGGCUGCGAAUCUACCCUCCGGCUGGAGCAGGCCAUCUUUCUCGGAUCGUGCCAGCUGGCGGAUGCGAGAUUGAAGGGGAGUGGAUUCCUGAGGGAACUCGAGUUUCGGUGCAUUCCUGGUCCGUCCUCCGUGACCCUCUCAACUUCUGGAACCCAAGUGCUUUCAUUCCAGAACGUUGGAUGAAGAACGAGCCACAAGGCCAGGGAGGAGAUAGACUUGAAACCAGUUUACCUUUCUCUUAUGGACCCCGCGGAUGUCUUGGAAAGAAUCUCGCGUAUUUGGAAAUGCGCAUGGUUCUCGCGAAACUAUUCUGGCAAUACGACUUAGCUUGGUUUAACAGCGACGAAAUUGUUUGGGAGAGGGAUACCAAGGGAUACACACUUUGGGAGAAGCCAGAUUUGAGGGUCUUAUUGAGAGAUCACCACACCGGUGGGGUCUCCUCUAUGCAUCUGUAGCCAGGCUGGCCCGGUGCACUUCUCAUCUCUAUUGGGCCCGCAUUCUAGGCGUUCAUCAUCUGUUUAGUCUGUUUUUGGAUCAUGGAUCGAGUUCUCGAUUUCAAUUGGUGUGCUGGCGUUGGCACUGGUUGGAGGCUUUCGAUUCUUACAGUUACAUGCUGCCGGCGCAGGAAAAAGUUUGGUGAGCGAGAGGGUAAUUGUAAAUGUAAGUAAAUAUAAGAAUACAUUGAUAUAUUAAUAGGGAUUUAUUAUUUUUGAAUUUGAAAUGUUCAGCAGAAAAUCCAGAUCCACUGCCGCCGAUAAACCACAUGUUCUUCGCACGUGACAGCCUGCCCAUGUCGCGUUCAACGUUUGGAGACCUGCGACGUUCCACACAUCAGCC